AUGGCGGCAAACGACUACUACAACACUUCGUACAAUCCGCCACACGCCCGUCCCGACCCUGCACUCCCUCCCCUACCGCACAACCAGGCGCCGUCGCCAUCGCCCUUUGAGGAUGAUAGAUACUACAACACGCAACACUCGUCGGGUGCGCUAGGCGGAUACCCGUCACAUAGCACGUCGUAUGGCGGACAGCAGGACCCGUUUACCGACCAGAAUGCGAUUCCGUUGCAUACGCAGCCGAAGAUGGAUGGUAGUGGCAGGAACAAGCUAGACGACGGCAGUCCGACGCGGUACAAUGCGGAUCCUGAGGCGCUUCCACGGCCGAGCAGGAAGCGCAGCAAGAAGAAGAAGAAGGGCUGGUUUAGUGGGAGGGUUACGUGGGUCGUGUAUAUUUUGACGACGGUGCAGAUUGGAGUUUUUGUGGGGGAAUUGAUUAAGAAUGGCAUGCUCACCGGCUCACCCAUCCAAACUAAGCCAAACUUCAACAUCAUGAUCGGACCUAGCCCCUACGUCCUGAUCAACAUGGGCUCGCGCUUCACCCCCUGCAUGCACAACAUCAACCAAAUCAUCGCAAACAACGUGCAAUCCUGGCCGUGUCCCAACACCACCUCCCUCGACCCGGGAAGCCUCACUUGCUCGCUGUCAGAACUCUGCGGCAACGGCGGCGUCCCAGACCAAUCCGCCGUCACCGACUUCCGCGACCGCUCCCACGAGCCAAACCAGUGGUGGCGCUUCAUCGUGCCCAUCUUCCUGCACGCGGGAAUCAUACAUAUCGGGUUCAACAUGCUGCUCCAACUCACGCUCGGCCGCGACAUGGAGAAGGAAAUCGGGCCCUUGCGCUUCGCUCUCGUGUACUUCAGCGCCGGGAUCUUCGGCUUCGUGCUCGGUGGGAACUACGCCGCCGACGGCCUGAGUUCCGUAGGCGCAUCAGGUAGUCUUUUCGGCAUCCUUGCCCUCACGCUGCUCGAUUUACUAUACACAUGGAGCACCCGAAGGAGUCCGGUUAAAGAUCUACUGUUCCUCCUCCUCGACAUCGCAAUUGCCUUCGUGCUCGGCCUCCUCCCCGGCCUCGACAACUUCUCCCACAUCGGCGGUUUCCUGAUGGGUCUCGUUCUCGGCGUGUGUCUGCUGCAUUCUCCCCAAGCGCUCCGCGAGCGCAUCGGCGUCGACGAACCGCCCUACGCCACCGUGGACACGCAGCCCCUCGCGCCCACCGAUUCCGAAUCAAAACAACAACUCAGCCGCUUCGCCAAAGCGCCUAUCGGCUUCUUCAAAGCCCGCAAGCCGCUGUGGUGGGCGUGGUGGCUUGUCCGCGCCGGCGGGCUGGUGUGUGCGUUUAUUGCGUUUGUCCUGCUGCUCAGGAACUUUUACGAGUGGCGGAAUACGUGUAGCUGGUGUAAGCAUUUGACUUGUUUGCCAAUUACCACGGGCGGCGUCGAUUGGUGCGAUAUGGGCGGCUUGAAUCUGCAGAAUCGCACAACGACAAAUCAGAGUCCCGCGAGGAGGGGGCUUGCGCCGGUGGAUUUGGGCGGGUUUGUAGCGGAAGCGAUGGGCGCGAUGAUGUGAAGAAAGUUGGCUCUAUUCUGGUAAAUGGCCGCAAAAGAGCAUGGGAAGGUUGGAAACAUUGGAAACUGCAAAGACAUAGAUACCAUUGCAUUAUAGCUUGGAGUUUUACUUCACUUCCUUCGGGAGAUUGGAUAAUGAUAUACAUGAUUUAAAUUCACUUGAA